AUGCCUAUUGUGCCUGCCCCCGAGCGGAAGAGCACGCUGGCGUCCAGGCUGUCCCAGCGGCUCCAGGCCUCUCUCUCCCAGCACCAGGACGAUGACUUCCAGCAGGACAGAAAACGCAUGCGCACCCCAGCUGCGGACUCCAAGGUAUCGCCAUCUCCGCGGACCGGGGGCAGGAAGCGGCGCUGCCUGGACAUGGGGGUGCAGUUCAUCGAUGAGGACCCUGAGCCGGAGGGCAGACCCCUCAGCCCCGGGGGUCAGAGCUGGAGUAUGGAGCCCGGCUCGCAGGCGGAGAGAGCCGACACCUUUCCGGCGGCCCAGAGCCCUGCUCCAGCGCCCUGCAGGCUGUGCCCCUGUGCCGCCACCAAGCCGGCCCACAAGGAGAAGGAGAAGGAGAAAGAGGAGGGCAGGGGCGGCGGGAAGCAGAGGGUCCCCAAGAUCUUUUUCGGGACGCGCACGCACAAGCAGAUCGCGCAGAUCACGCGGGAGCUGCGGCGCACGGCCUACUCCAGCGUGCGCAUGACCAUCCUGUCCAGCCGCGACCACACCUGCGUCCACCCGGAGGUGUCGGCCAGCGGCAACCGCAACGAGCGCUGCCGCGAGCUGCUGGAGAGCCGGGAGGGCCAGUCCUGCCGGUAUUACCACGGAGUCCACAAGAUGCGGGAGCAGAACUCGCUGCAGUGGGGCCACGGGCUGCACCAGGCCUGGGACAUCGAGGAGCUCGUGCGUCUGGGCCGCAGGCUGCGCUCCUGCUCCUACUUCGCCGCCCGCGAGCUCAUGGUGGAGGCCGACAUCGUCUUCUGUCCCUACAACUACCUGCUGGACCCACAGAUCAGGGAGAGUAUGGACAUCUCUUUGAAAGGUCAGGUGGUGGUACUGGAUGAGGCUCACAACAUCGAGGACUGUGCCCGGGAGUGUGCCAGCUUCACCCUCACCCAGGCACAGCUGCUGUUCGCCCGCGAGGAGAUGGACAGCAUGGUCCACCACAACAUCCGCCGCGCUGACCACGAGCCCCUGCGAGCCUUCUGCUGCAGCCUGGUCAACUGGCUGGAGGAGAGCCGUGGUUCUCUGGAAGAGAGGGAGUAUGAGACAGCCUGCAAGGUGUGGAGCGGCCGAGAGAUCCUUGGCAUCUUCCAUGGGCUGGGGAUCACGGAAGCCACCUUCCCCAUCCUGCAGAAGCACCUGGAGGCUGUGCUGGAGAAAGAGGAGAAGGUGACCUUGGUGAAUGGGAGAGAAGAAACCACACAGGUCCCCACCGUCAGCUCUCCCACUCAGAUGGUGCUCAAAGGCCUCUUCAUGGUCUUGGAAUUCCUCUACCGAUAUCACCUCACAUUUGCAGGAGUGAACUUCAUGAUAAUGUUGAUGUAUUACUUGAAUGGUUAGAAUUUUGUAUUUCACUGUGAAGCGAAAUCUCAUGUAAGCGGUCGUGGCAACAGGCCCUGUUCUUAGAAGAAGAAGUUGGUUGAUUUCUCAGAGGGUUUUGUGUUGCGUGCCUAGGCCUUCUCAGACCUGAGCAGCAGCGUGCGCACCAUCGUGCUGACCUCUGGGACCCUCUCCCCCAUGAGCUCGUUCUCCUCGGAGCUGGGCGUCAAGUUCUCCAUCCAGCUGGAGGCCAGUCACGUCAUUAAAAAGUCCCAGGUGUGGGUGGGCACAGUUGGCGCGGGGCCUCAAGGCCGGAAGCUGUGUGCCACCUUCCAGCACACAGAGACCUAUGCCUUCCAGGAUGAGGUGGGUGCCCUGAUGCUCAGUGUGUGCCAGGCUGUGGCACACGGAGUGCUGUGCUUCCUGCCAUCAUAUAAGAUGUUGGACAAGCUGAGGGAGCGCUGGAUGCACACGGGCCUGUGGGGGAAGAUGGAAGAGAGGAAGGCCGUCAUCACCGAGCCCAAGGGAGGGGACAAGGCGGACUUUGAUGAGCUGCUGCAGACGUACUAUGAAGCCGUCAAGCAGAGAGGAGGAGCGCUGCUCAUAGCGGUGUGCAGAGGAAAAGUCAGCGAGGGGCUGGACUUCACGGAUGACAACGCGCGGGCCGUGGUCACCAUCGGAAUCCCUUUCCCCAACAUCAAAGACUUGCAGGUGGAGCUGAAGAGGAAGUACAAUGACCAGCACUGUAAGGCUCGCGGUCUCCUGCCGGGCAGCCAGUGGUAUGAAACGCAGGCCUUCCGUGCUCUCAACCAGGCUCUGGGAAGGUGUAUCCGGCACAAGAAUGACUGGGGGGCUCUCAUCCUGGUGGACGACCGGUUCAGGUGCAACCCCAAUAAAUACAUCACAGGUCUGUCCAAGUGGGUGCGUCAGCAGGUGCAGCACCAUGCCACCUUCAGCAGCGCGCUUCAGUCCUUGAUCACCUUCUCCCAGGGACACCAGGGUGCAGGGGCAGUCAGCGCAGCAGGGCAGGGGGAGCCUACAGCCCCAGAGCUCGGGAGCCCAGACCCUGCUGCACCACGGGGCACAGCCAGCCCUCACUGGGGCACUGCACGCCUGCAUGACACGGGCCAGUCCGCGGCACCUGCUCCUGAUGGGGUCCGGCUCCCCCUUGCAGGUGACCAGGUAUCCGUGCAUCAACAAGCACGGCUUCUGUCUUCCCCCAGGCAGAAGGAGGGGCUCAUUGAGGAGAGCACCAGUGCUGAUGUCAACACUGCACAGCUGGGUAGAGGACAGAGGCCACAGGGAACCUCACCCCAGCUAUUCGACAUGCUGCUUACCUCCACACCUGUCUGCAGCUCGUUUAAGAAGCCCAUCUUCAGCUCCGUCACACCUGGGAGAGAGCAAAGAGAUGCCCCUCUUCAGGAACCAGCUGCAGGGGUGAAAACAGCAAAGACAGCAGCCAGCGAGGAGAGGAGAGUUCAGCCCGAUGGCAGACAGAGAAGCCCUGCAGAGUUCAGUGGCGGUGGGGAGCCGGGCGACAAUGGUGAAGGUCCUGAAUGCACAGUCUUGGCGUUCUCCCCCAUCAAGCCGGCUGCCAGCCCUGACCGUACGGAGGUUGGGGCUGGGUGCCCGGUGGUGGAGCCCCAAGAUCGGGCGGAGGAGGAGGACCAAAGCCUUUUCUUCACCCCAGAACUGUUCGAAGGUGGGGAGGAGAGCGAUGUGGAAGAGGGUUCCAACACUAGGCAGGCGUUACCCUGCGGGACAGAAUUAGAGACAGAACCUGUUGUCCUGGGUGUGGAUGACACCCCAGCACCCCACCUCUCUAAAGGAACAGUCCAUGUUCUCUCAGAGGACGACCUCAGCUCUGAUGAGUGUGCAGGACCCUUAACUACCGUCGCCCAGAAGGGUGAUGCUGCCCACAUGUGCGGACAAGCUGUGUCAGAGGCCCACACGACCAGAGAGGCAGGCAGGGACAGGGACAGCAGUAGCACAAGGAAGGAUGAGAGUGUAGACUUAACAGAGUGGGCACCCACACAGACACAAACAAGCCACAGGACACACAGGCUGUCCAGGUCUAGAAACAAAGGCGCAUCUUCUUCAGCAGACCUGCAGCAUAAACGAGAGGCUUUGAUUCGCAAGGCAGGGAAGGGCAGGCAGAGAGCAGAGAGGCUGCGCGGGGCUGAGGCAGGCACACGGGCCUGGGGCAGUCCGGCCCCAGUCCGGCCCCUGAGAGCCGCGGAGCAGGUCGGUCUUGCAGGGGACCCUCCUGCCCCUAGGGGCGGGGGUCCAGACUCCGCCGCGGACGAGAGGGAGAGCCAGUACUGGACUGUGCUCGGCCAGGCUGCAGAACCGGCUCGCUCGGCCCGAGCGCAGAGGAAGGCCGGCCAUCCCUGCAGGACAGCCGGAGCCAGGGGCGUGGUGGGGUGCUCUGGGUCGCCGCCCCGGCCAGCCGGACAGAGGAAGGGUAAAAUGGAGGAACCCCAGCUAGACCCACCGAGGCCUGUCUGGGAAUCGGAGGACCAGACACACCCUCCUCCUCUUCCGCCACGCCGAGGCACGGUCAGGAAGGCGGCGGUUUCCUGCCACCAGUCCGGCACCAGACAAGUCAAGCAGCAUAUCUCUCGCAGGAUUAAAGCUCAAAGCAGGGGAUGGAAAAGCAGGAAGCUCGGUACACCUGAUGCCAAAACUUUCUCCCAGAGAAGAAGGAGAGACCUCGGCCGUGACCCCUGUCAGACUGGGCUUUACUGUGCAGAGUGUGGAGCUGAGCUGCUGCACUGUGCCGAAGGUGCACUGAAGAGAGCUGUGUGUGAGAGGCAGGAUGUGGCCACGCUGAGGGACUCUCUCUCUGGGGUCAGUGUGGCCCAGGUAGAGUGCCCCUGUGUGCCCCUACGUCCGCGUCCUCCGGCCAGCCCACUCCUGCUGCUGGUGGAGCUCCCAGCUGCCUUGCAGGCCCUCAGGGACUCGCUACAGGCUUGUGAAUCUGGCGUCACUCACCAGGGCCUGCAGACAGGCUUAUGUUUAAAUGCCAUCUGGAACCCCAAGGAGGUCUCAAUUACCCGGCUCUUACAGUGCAGGAGCUGCACCUCCCUGCGUCCCCCUAGCUGCUCCGUCAUCGCGGCUGACGUCUCACACCCCCAGGACAGCACCGCCGACCAGAUUUGGUUGAUCCCAUCCUCCGUGCGGUUCUGCUCCCAGAUUCCGAUCUGAGAGGCGGCACAGGACAUCCUGUACAGACAAACCCCUUCCCCGCCAUGCGUCCCCCCUGCCUCUGAACAGACAGUGCCUCCUCAGCUCUCCGGAGUGGCACAGACAUACUCCUGCUGAGCCGAGUGAAUGGACUGGUCCUACGCAGGGAAGAGAGGCGCUGAAGGCAGAGAAGGAGAACGGAGCCCUGGAGCCUUCUGG